AAUAAAAGUGCUGGCUCUUAGGAUCUGAAUUGGAGAUUUUCUAUGCCCUAAACUGGUAAUGUUUCACUAGAUCCUCAACUUUACCAUAGCUUGGGCUUUCUUCUUCUUGAUUUUCUUUGUAAAAUCUCGUUCGUGAAUUCUUUCUGGUGUGUUCUUGGAGAAAAAGCUUUCUUUUGCAUGGUGGAAAACCGUUCAGAAAUGGAUUUUAUUGGCGUGUGUCUCCCGAUUUCUGGAAGAAAUGUUUGUCUUGGUCAUCUGAAUUACUUCGAUUCUGAUAUGGGUUUUCGUUGGUUUUGAUUAUGGAAAUUUGGGGGGUGAAUUCAUUAACUGGUGAUUGGAUUCGACGUAUCUGAAUUCGCAGAAACCGGGUUUUUAUCUUUUCCUAUUGAAUAUCUGAAGUUGCAAAUUUGGGGUUUCUUUUUCCUGAAAUUUGCAGAAAUUGGGUUCCUUUGUGGUUUCUAUGUCCCCCACCUUUUCAAGGUGUGGUGGGAUUUGUAUUUUGGGCUAAGGUUGAAGAAAUCCAGGCCUUGGAAAGCUUCAGGCGAUUUUCUAGGAUUUAUUUUCGGGGGGCUUAGUCGAAGGGUUAGAGUCAUGUUCUAUGGGGCAGUAGUUUGGGACCCUUGGCUUAUUGUUGCCCAAAUUGUGUGUCUUCAAUGCCUUUACUAUAUGACUCUUGGGUUCUUCAUAUGGGUUCUUGUUGGGGCAAGAGUGCCUCGCCUUACCCUUGUUUACUUCUUCGAUUAUUCUGCACUUAAUGCUUCAACUGUGACCGGUUGGUGCGUUAUUGCAUCGUUUCUCAUGAGCGCGUUCUCUGGAGCUGGUUAUAUGCUUCUAUUGAUUGAGAGGGCUAAGAAAUGCCUAGAUUUUUCAGCCACCCUCUUCAUUAUCCAUCUCUUUAUAUCUAUCAUAUAUGGGGGCUGGCCUUCUUCUCUUACAUGGUGGGUUGUUAAUGGAACUGGUUUAGCGGUGAUGGCCUUGCUUGGGGAGUGGCUGUGUAUUAGACGUGAGUUGCGGGAAAUUCCCAUCACACGACUGCGCUCAAAUGUGUGAUGUUUUUUCAGCAAAGCAUGCCAAUGGCUGGAGUUGAUCAGUGUGUGGGGAUCAUUUCUUAGAAUCUUAGUCUCAGAGGCCAGUUCAGGUUGAGUUACUUUCUCGGUGAAGUUCUUUGAAGCCGGUUUCCAUGGUGAAUCGCUAUUUGCCAUCUUGAUUAAUGCUAUACCAUUCUUUUCUAUCGAAUGAAUGGCCUGAAGCCUCUGUAGAUCAUUUACUCCAGUGAUUGGAGAAUGAUUGAAAUGAUUUUGCUGUUAUGAUGGUCUAUCUCACUCACGCUUUAAAAUGUUUUUUUGCGGUUA